GGCACGGCCGCCCGCGCAGACCACCAACAGCGCAGCCGCGAGUCUCCAUACGAACGCUGGCAGCGAGAGCACCAGGAACACGACCAACAGCAAGCUGCAGCACAACCACCAACGCACGACCCCCGCCCGCGACCAGACACACCCGUGCCAGACCCAGGCAAUACAGGGGCCAAGGAUCAGCCCGGGAAGCACCCACUGCUGGACGACAGACCUCUCCGUGGGAACCACCCACCCCACACAUCGUCGGCAUCCUCCAGCCAGCAACAAGUUGCAGACCCCAAACCAGACCCCUUCGCUGCCGUGCGUGACGGCCGUCGCAUUGGUGGGGGGAAGCGGCAGCCACCGACCACGACAACCACCACCACCGACACAAACACCACAACUACAACCACAGCCUACAAGGCAGCCACCACAGAACCCAACAAUCACUCCACUGCCACAGAGCACACAGUACUCAUGCAACGAAGCAUCCAAGGCCUUUUCCACCAACAGACAGCCUCACCACGACCGCCAGCAACCACCAACCAACCUCACGAACUUCCCCAACCUGCGGGGGUCACGGCACUACAGCAACAUGUGGUCACAGUGGCCUCCACGCAAUCUGACAGCCCCCCUCCCCAACAGAGCCCCUCAUCCACAAGACAGACUGGGGGAGAAGGGGGCAACGACCUAGUCGGCAAGGUCGGAGCAAGUCUCACCAAGAUCGCACAGCUGGCCCAGAAGCUACCCGGGGGAGGGGUCAUCCAAACCCUCGCUGAAGGAGCGCUCACAGACCUCCUCCUGGAUAGCCAAACGGAGUCGCAGCUUUUACGUGACCUCGAAAUCGAAACGGGGGGACAGACAGGGGGAGAGCAAGCACAGGCCGUGACGGAGGCCAUGCCAGCAUUGGCGGGGACCCUCUACGGACUGCAACACGGCGGGGGAAAUGAGCAUUGGCAAAACUUGGCAGAGAUCGCCAUGCUCCUACAGACAGUCUUGGAAGGGGGAAGCAUCUCCCACCCGGCCGAUGUCAUUGCCGAGAACCGCGGGGUGCUCACCUCAAACCUCGCGAGGGCACGACGAACAAGCCGAGCGAGGGGGAUCAUCCUCGAACUGCAGAGCAUCGGGGAACAUCUCCAAGGAUGGCCCCUUUGCGAAGUGAAUACAGUACAUGCAGCAUUGUUGGCUGCCCUGGAAGCGGUGGAAGAGCUGAUGCAACCCGCGCCGCAGGGGGGACUCCCCUUGCACAACAACGGGGGAGAGCCCCGCGCGGCGGGGGAAUGGUGGCUCUACGACAGACACCAUGGACUUGGCAAUGCACCUGGCACAGACCGUCGCAGCCCGACCGAAGCCAUGGAGAGUGGCAGCGAAGCCAGCCACCGCAGAAGGCGCUUCCACGCGGCGUUCGCGGAGCAGGAGGGGGACGAGUAA